AUGGAGUCAGGGGGUCUUGGCAUUCGGAGGUUGGCUACGUGGAAUAGGGCUUUACUUGCUAAACAUGUUUGGGAUAUUGUGGGGCAUCGUGAGUCUUUAUGGGUUAGAUGGGUGUAUUGUAAUUAUCUUCGUUUUUCUCAAUUCUGGAUGGUUCGGAAAAAUUCCAAUUGGUCAUGGGUCUUCCGUAAACUGUUGGACUUACGUAUUCAGUUGAGGCGUUUUUUGGUUUCUCAGAUUGGUGAUGGUCGGAGGACUAAUGCUUGGGAGGAUUCUUGGUUACCUUGUGGUAAUCUCUCGGCUUUUUUAUCUUACCGGUUUAUCCAUUCUUGUGGAUUCUCUACUGCCACUACUGUUCGUGAGCUGGUUUUACGGUUGGAUGGUGUUUGGCCUGCUGAGUGGCGUACCAGGUUUGCUGAAAUUUUCUCUGCUCCUUUGCCUGUGUUGAAUGAUUUUGUUUGUGAUUAUGUUCUUUGGGGGGAUAAUAAUGCUUCUUGUUCGAAAUUCUCGGUUAGUAAAUCUUGGGCUUCGUUGGAGGGAACUUAUCUGGUUGUUUCUUGGUAUAAAUCAGUAUGGUUCUCUGGCCACAUUCCUAAACACGCCUUCUGUUUAUGGCUUGCUUGUCAUAAACGUUUGCCUACUCAAGAUCGUAUGCUUUGGAAGGAUGAAUCGCCUGAUCUGAAAUGUUCGCUUUGUGGAAUUUUUAUGGAUUCCCACUCGCAUUUAUUCUUUCAGUGUAACUUUGCGCGUGAAGUUUGGGAUAGUAUCUUGCAUAAAGUGGACUUGACGACCAUGCCUUCUUUGUGGGAUCAUAUUUUGGAGGCUAUUUCUGAUACUGGUCGAAGACCGAGGAGCUUGAAGCAGAAACUUGCGGUAGCUGCGUCUGUUUACUAUAUUUGGCAGGAACGUAAUAGAAGACUUUUUUCAGAGGAUCACCGGACAUCUAUGCAACUUAUCAAACUUAUUGAUCAUACUAUUGCUACUCGUGCGACUUGGAUGGUGGGGCGAACUCAGGGUAAUGCUGUUUGA